UUCAUGAUGGUGCUUUGUCUUUUUAUAUCCACCUGUUAAGUCUGUAUUUCUGUGAUAUAGUUAAAUAGGAAACGUUUCAUAUUGGGUUCCCCGGUGGCACAGCCAUUAAAGGUCUUGCCCUGUCUUCAGGAGAGGAGAUGUUUUUUUAAUCUUGGCAUGAAUCUUGUCCUUCAUUAUGUUUGUGUGGGUCUGUAAUCAGGUUUAGCCGAGUUGAUUCAUUUUUAUUCUUUUUCCUGUCUCCUGCUUUCCUGGAAUUUUUUAGGAAGGAGCCGGGCAAAAGUGGGGAAAUGCUUCAGAAUAAACACCUAAUUAAACAGCAGAUCUAGAGGUUGACGUCUCCUGCUGAACCCUGUUCUAAUCUGUUGUCUCAAGACUGGAAUCAAGACUGUACGCCUUUCCGAUUCUGUCCCGAAUGGAGCGUGAAGAGAAACACACUCGGUCUGACACACACCCUUCUGCAUGUGUGUUUUUCUUUCUUGCAAUUACAGAGUGGGAAGGGGAGCAGGGACAGGAACAGCCUCUAUAGCCAUAUGUUUGCGAUAUACUAGCCGAGGCCUACCACUCGUACCCAACUGCCUGAGUUGCAGAACCCCGACCACGUGCCUCUGCAGACCACUGAAUCUAAGUCUAGCCAAGUUGUUGAAACGUGUGUGCAGUAAUGAGGUGUUGGUUCCAGAGAACAUCCGAGCGGUGCUGGGGAAAAACGUCACACUGAGCUGUAGGGUGGAGGUGGGCGCCAACCUCAGUCUUACCCAGAGUUCGUGGGAGCGGCGCCUGCCCACGGGAAUGGCCACCCUGGCCGUGUUCAACCCUCAGUUUGGCACGUCUAUAGCGGAAGAGUACAGGAAUCGCAUCCACUUUGUCAGACCGUCAGUGGAGGAUGCCUCUAUAGUCCUGCAGGGAGUGGGCUUCGAAGAUAUCGGAUCCUACACCUGCAAGGUGGUCACUUUUCCACUGGGCAACACGCAGGCCUCUACAGUUAUGGACGUCUUGGUCGAGCCAAAGGUGUACAUGUCCGCAAGUUCCUCUCCACUGGUCGACGGUGACGUGGACAGCGUAGUGGCCACCUGCACAGCUGAGAGGGCCCGUCCACCAGCCGAAAUAUUAUGGGUGUCGGACCUGUCUGGUCGUUCAGAGGAGAUCGUCCAGGUCGAGCCUGAUGGCGCCACUACCACGCACGUGCACUACAUCUGGUCACCCUCCAGUCGCGCACUCGGCCACACCCUCACCUGCGUGGUCCGUCACCCAGCCCUGGACAUGGAGUUCCGUGCCCCCUAUGUCCUCAACGUGCAAUUUGCUCCAGAUGUCAUGGUGGUAGGCCAGGAUGAGGUUUGGUAUGUGGGACAGGAGAAUGCGAGGCUGGACUGCAGAGCGAAUGCCAAUCCUCUUCCUCAUCUCUUCCUCUGGACCAGAGUGGACAUGCAGAUGCCUGCCGGAGUCCAGACAGCAAAUGGGAGUUUGGUCUUUACUCGUCCUUUGCAGAGAAACGAUUCCGGAACAUACCGGUGUGAGGUUCAGAACGAUGUGGGUCUACGCUCUCAGGAUGUACAGAUCAGGAUACGAGAGCCACCACCCACUACCAGCGUCCCCACCACCACCACCAGUGAGGCCGUCGUGCUUGGCUCCUCCAGCACAUCUGCAACCCAGCGCCAUGCCCACUUCACCUCCCCAACUCUGGCGUCUGUGGCCGAUGGCACUGUGGGCACCGUAGUGGGCGGGGCCGUGGGUGGCGUCCUGCUCCUGGCGCUGCUGCUCGGACUAGGGGCGCUGUGCUACAUGCGUCAGCGACGCACCUUCCGCGGCGACUACUACACCAAGCAGUACAUGGGCCCAUCCGACAUGCAGAAGGAGUCGCAGCUGGACGUGCUCCAGCCGCACGAACUGCACAACGUGUUUGGAGACGACUCCGGCAAGGGGAGCCAGGACCUGAAGCCCAAGCCUGAGGGAGACGUCAUCUACCCUGAUUACACCAAAGACGAAGGCAGCUGGGAUGACAGCCUCCAGAGAUCGUGCUCUUAUUAUUCCGAUCACCACGCCCACCACAAUGUUAACCCAAGUGGGCCUCCUGUCCACGGCCCCACGCUGAACAAUGGCACCCCCUACCUGCAAGACAGCUGUUUCGAUAACGGCACAGACUGUGACUACGUCUCUCACACAGACGGAUCCGUGAUCUCGCGCAGGGAAUGGUACGUGUGAAAGCGAGAAGAGGGAGGCACUGUUGGAAGACACUAAUUUAAAGGAAUAGAGAACACAGUAUUACCAAACUUGUAAAAACGCAAGAGGAAUGAAAAGAUGUACUAUUUUGUAGCUCAUCUCGGAGGGACAUUUGUCUUCAGCUGAUCACUAGUCCAUAGUAUGCGCCUGUUACUUUGUAUUUUUAAUGCAAAGGGAGAGGCUUGUGUGGUUAUGAUCACAGGGUAGCCUGAAGUAGUGAAAACAAAUUUGCUAAAAUUGAGCUACUCUGUUUGUACAUAUCCCUGCCAGACACCACUCUGCAUGUGAUUUCAAGUUCUAAACCAGGUGGAAUAUAUUCCCUGCACUUUCCAUGUACCCAUAUUACUACAUUCACUUAUGUUUAGUCCUUCAGACUGCCUUUAAUAUGCUUUCUAAGCAAGUAGAGCUGCCUUAAUGUUGCAUUGAGAUGUAACUAGCUUCUGUUAUUUCUCAACUACAACUUGUCUGUCUCUUUCCACCAGUGUUCUUAAUAUUGCAAACUCUUAGGGGACUUGGAAGACUGUUCAGCAAAGGAAUUUGUCUGGAGGCUUAAAUGUUCAGUUCCACUGGACUGUAAAGAGAAAGAAUAUGUUUCUGGUUUUGAUUUGUACUGAGCUUCUUUUUUAGAUUUGCCUUAUUCCAAGAGGUCAAAAUCUGCUAUUCAGGAUGGGAUGACUCUCUUACUUGUUGAAGUAUAUAUAUGACAGUAACGCCUACAGACAGGUGACAGAGGAAGAAGAUCAAGUGACUUACUAAGGUUUUGGGGCACAUAUUGGAAAGAUUCUAGAAGUCUCUGGAACAGUACUGGUGGGAUGGGAUGUCAUUAUUCUAAAAGACAUUACCAAAGGAUGGUGUUUUGAUGGAGGUGAUAGAGGUGGUGGAGAGUGGUGUCCAAGAUCUAAAAUCUCUCAAACACUCUCAAACAAAGUGCCACAAAAGGUACUUUGGGUGAUGCCAUAGAAGAACCACGUUUGGUUCCUUGGAUAACCAUUUAUGAGUAUGAAAAUGAUGAUAGUAAAUCAUCUGCUGUGGCCUGCAGUCACCAGAUCACAGCCCAGCUGAACUCUACACUUCUAAAAAUCAAGGUUAUUUGUAUGAUGCCAUCAAACGGUCACCAGCCCUCAUCCUGGAAAUUUACCAUCCUGUAGAGUCUAGAUCCAACUGCAAUCUGUCACACCCAAGUUCUCUAGAAGGCCCUGGUUGGCUGGAUCAGAUGAACCAGCAUUAGGUGAAGGAAACAGCAGCAUGUUAGAUUCAGGCUGGAACUAAACUCUGCAGGAAAGUAGAUCUCCAGGAACAUGGAUGGUGACCACUGUUUGAUGGCAUCAUGCAAAUAACCUUGAUUGUUAGAAGUAUAGAUUUCAAUUGGGCUGUGAUCUGACCGUGAAGGCCCUCAGCAGACAAUUUACAAUGAUCAUUUUCAUACUCAUCAAUCCAUUCAGUGAGCCCCUGUGCCCUGUGGAUGGGGGGCAUUGCCAUCCCUUCAGCACAGAAAAGUGUUUUUCAUAGGAUAAACGUGGUCAGUCAGAAUAACUUGCUGAUUUGCAGUGUCCUUUCCCUCAGACCCAAAUAAUUCCAGCAAAGUGCCCUCCAUAGUAUAACCAAGCCACCAAACCCCCUUAUUAUAAGGUUUAAGCGUUCAGGCCUGUGCCAUUCUCUUGGUUUACACCACACACACACUAGUGGAGAAUAUGGUGAAGAAUGAAUCAUCAGGACAUUUCACUUUUUUCCACAUCUCUGCAGACCAGUGCGCGCGGUGUUUAUGCCACUGAACUCUCAAAUGUGCGUUCAUCUUGUAAAGAGGGGUUUAUGCAGUGCAACCCUACUGUUGCUGUUUGUCACUGUUCCUAUUGUAACACUUGCCAGUUGAGCAGUCUUUGUGAGUCAAGCUCCUGCCAUCUGUGUACCAAUAAUAAACCUUUAAAAGUCCCAUAAAUCCCGUCCUCUUGCCAUCUUGAUCCAAAAUUGAAGUCAGCUGGGCCUGCUCAGCAUUUUUCUACAUGCCACUGAGCACGGUAGGAUGUUAGCUGCUUAAUCGGGUCAUGCGCUGCACCUGUGUGGAAGAAUCUACACUUCUUCACUCCUAAAAUAGGGAAAGCCUGAUGCAUGAAGUAUUGGCCAACGUGGUUUCACUUUUUGCUCAUCUUUUUUUAAAUGGGUAAGUUAGAUUUUGCAGAUAGAAGCGAAAAGCUCAAGUCCUUCCAUCAGCAGCAAUAAAACAAGUUUAUUCAGCUUGAGAGAAGCCGCGGGAAGGAGGAUCCUGACAGCAGCAGAUCUAAAAGACCAUGGUCAAGUAGCACUUGUGGGGCUUGCAGCCUGUUACUCCGUUUGAUUCUGAUCUCUUUUUUCUUUCUUUUUUCCUUCCUCCACCCUUGCUGUCCUUCCACUCCCAUUCAUUUGCUGAAAGGGUUUGCGUUUCCAAGAGCACACCGCACAUCUGCUGCAUGUGCCGCCCAGACUGUGUCUCAAAGUUAGGCCUCACCUCAGAGAUCUAGCUUUUUAAUUAAGGCUCACCCUCCCCAAUCGAUGCUUUCAAAUCAAGCUUUAUUCUAGUUCAACCACAAGCAUGGGCUGGGCAUCUGUUUGGAAGUGCACACAAGAUUUUCUUAUAGUAACAAAUAUAGCUUGGACAUCUGUUUUGAAGGUGGCAUCAUUUCUGCAUCGGAAGGCAUUACGUGUCCGUCACGGAUUCCUCAGUUUCCCCGAGUGCUGAUUUGAAAAUAAGCACUCACUGCAGUUCAUUAGAAUCUCAUUUGUCUUUUGUAACAAAGCUUGACUUACUUUUGUAAAAUUAGAACACUUCAAGAAAUGUUUGUGUUUGACUUCAUUUUCUUUCGUGGAAAUGUUUUCACUUAAUUUAAACUGUACACAGUAAGAAAAACGUGUUAUUUAUAUAUGUUUGUCUGUUCUUAUCCAGGAACAAAAAGGUAUUACCAGAUUAGUGCCUUGGGUAGUGGGAAAAUCACAGUUUAAUGUAUUAUUGUGUUGGUUUAAUUUUUUGGGGUUUUUUUUUUUUUGCUUUUGUUGUUUUUUGGUUGUUCUAAUGUAGUUUGCUGAACGUUUGUUGGAGUCUCACUGGAUAUUUUGUACAGCAGUAUUGUGUGCAGUACUUGGUCAGCCAGUUAUAGUAAAUAUUCUUGUUUGUAAAUAUGUUGGCGGGGAUUUAUUUGGCCUUGGAACAAAUCAUAUUUUUCUAUGAAGUCAGAAGAACUUGCUGUGAGGAUGUGAACCUUUGUUUUCAUGUUCUUUUUUUAUGUUCUUUUCAAGAGUUGAUUAUUUUGUACAUAGUAGCCUUGCAAAUGACUGAUGUCUCACCAAUCAUUUUGAGAAUGAGGGACAGAUUCACUUUGGUUUCAAAUGCCUUCUAUUUCUAAUAAAAAGCUGUAUUCUUUGA